GGUUACGUUAGCGGGAGUUGUGUCAAAUUGGUAUUUCUAUAGACAUGAACCCGAACAUGAUACUUCGAAAGAUAUCGCAUCACUCUCUCUUUCCAGAGCCACGACCAACUCAUUAGGAACAAUAUGUCUUGGUUCUCUUAUCCUUUCAACCAUUGAAUUCUUACAAUGGACUAACUAUCUUCUGAGAAAAAUUACUAAGGGGAAUACCUCUUUUUGUUGUCUAUCUGCUUGGUUAUCAUUUAUUGAUGGCAUAAUAGGCAACUUGAACAAUUAUGCAUUGAUCUACGCUGGAAUAUCAGGAGAAGGUUUUUAUACUUCAGCAAUUAUGGCAACAAAAUUAUUUCACAGAAAUCUCAUUCCUGGACUGGAAAAUGAACUAACAUUACCACAUAUUACUCGUUUAGAUGUUGUUACAAAAAUUGUAUUGUAUAUUGGUUCUAUAAUAGUGGCCCUUUUAUGCGGUUUUGCUACUUUUAUUUAUGCCGUACAUUCACUUCAAUCAUCAUAUGGAUACGUCGCUGGUAUAUUUGCAGCCAUAAUUCCGUACUAUAUUUCACAGUUUUAUACACAUCUCAUGAUGAACACGGUGGAUGCUGCAUUCUUGUGUUACGCCAUAGAUUUUGAUAUGAACAAAAAUCAUUGUAACAAAGCACACGAAGCAUUUUAUAAUUUUAAUAUUCAAUAA